AUGGCUUGUGAGACUGGGCCAAAGGCAACUGACAGCACCUUCUCGUCCGACAAACAUGCCCAGAUCAUCCUGGCCCAGAUUAACGAGACGCGGAGCGGGCAGGAUUUCUGCAACGUGCAACUGCAGGUGGGAGAGGCUGAGUUCUGCAUGCACCAGCUGGUGCUGGCUGCCAGCAGCCCCUACUUUGCUGCCCUCUUCACUGGGGGAAUGAAGGAAUCCUGCAAGGAUGAGGUACAGAUCCUGGGCAUCGAAGCAGGAAUUUUCCAGACUCUUCUGGAUUUCAUCUAUACAGGUGUGGUGAACAUCGGGGUGAACAACGUUCAGGAGCUGAUUAUGGCCGCUGAUAUGCUCCAGCUGACCGAGGUGGUGGACCUGUGCUGUGAAUUUCUGAAAGGACAAGUAGAACCGUCCAAUUGCAUUGGCGUCUUCCAGUUCUCAGAGCAGAUCACCUGCCAUGACCUGCUUGAAUUCACGGAGAACUACAUCCAUGUGCAUUUCUUGGAGGUGAGCAGCGGGGAAGAGUUUUUGGCACUGACCAAGGAUCAGCUGAUUAAGAUUUUGAGAAGCGAGGAGCUGAGCAUUGAAGAUGAAUACCAGGUGUUCUUGGCUGCCAUGCAGUGGGUUCUGAAGGACCUGGGCAGGACGAAGAACCUUGUGGUCGAAAUCCUGGAACCCGUCCGAUUCCCCCUGUUGCCUCCGCAGAGGCUAGUCAGGUACAUAGAAGGAGUUCCUGACUUCAGCCUCUGAGUGGCCCUGCAGACCCUGUUGAAGGAGUACUGUGAGAUGGGCAAGCCCCCCAAGGAUAACAGGUUCUGCAGUUUUCUGCAGACCUCCAAGGUUCGGCCUCACAAGAAAGCCAGGAAGUACCUGUACGCCGUAGGUGGAUACACCCGGCUUCAGGGAGGCCGAUGGAGCGACAGCAGAGCCCUCAGCUGCAUGGAGCGUUUCGACACCUUCAGCCAGUACUGGACCACAGUGUCUUCCCUCCACCAGGCCCGUAGCGGCCUGGGAGUAGCAGUAGGGGGAAGGAUGAUCUAUGCCAUUGGAGGGGAAAAGGAUUCGAUGAUCUUUGACUGCACUGAGUGCUAUGACCCAGUCACAAAACAGUGGACAACUGUGGCUUCCAUGAACAAGCCCCGUUGUGGCCUGGGGGUGUGCGUGUGUUAUGGGACUAUCUAUGCUUUGGGUGGAUGGGUUGGAGCCAAGAUAGGAAACUCCAUCGAACGAUUUGAUCCUGAGUAAAAUAGCUGGGAAGUCGUUGGCAGCAUGGAUGUGCCGCGCUACUACUUUGGCUGCUGUGAGAUCCAAGGUUUAAUCUAUGUGGUUGGUGGCAUCAGCAAUGAGGGCAUGGAGCUCAGCUCUGUUGAAGCAUACAACCCAAUUUCCAAGUGCUGGUCCACACUUCCUCCCAUGGGGACCAGGAGAGCCUAUCUGGGGGUGGCCACCCUCAAUGACUGCAUCUAUUCUAUCGGAGAGUGGAAUGAGACCCAGGAUACGCUGCACUCGGUAGAAAAAUACUCUUUUGAGGAGGAGAGGUGGGUUGAAGUUGUACCUAUGAAAGUGCCCUGAGCCGGCGUGUGCGUAGUGGUGAUAAAUGGGCUGCUGUACAUCUCUGGAGGCCGGUCUUCCAGCCACGAUUUCUUGGCCCCCAUCACCUUGGACUCAGUCAAAAUGUACAACCCUCACUCUGACACAUGGACUGAAAUAGGUAACAUGAUCACUAGUCGGUGUGAAGGGGGUGUGGCUGUGCUAUGA